UGCCCUCCCUCUUCCCCCCCUCUGCCUUUCCCAAAUCUCGCCGCAGCCGCACGACGCACCUACCCAACCCCUAGCCCGACCCGACCCGGCCUCUGACAGCCCGGAGAGCCGCCCUCCACCGCGCCGACUAGGGCCGCCGGGACCGAGCCGGGCACCUCCCCAAGGGGAGAGGCGCCUCGUUUCGUUGACGCGUCCUGAAGGAAUUGGGAGCAACAAGGCGUUAUGUUUACUCCGCAGGGGAAGGGGUGGACCGGAUGGUCGACGCCUGCUCCAGCGAACCAGCGGGGCGGUGGUGGCGCUCCGCCCGCGUCAGCGCCCCUUGGCAAGGCGAAAGGGACUUCGCAGAGGGCUGCCGAGCUUGAGGAGGAGUUACAUGAGUAUCAAUAUAAUAUGGGGCUGCUCUUGAUUGAGAAAAAAGAAUGGGCAGCCAAACUUGAUGAGGUCAGCCAUGUGCUGGCACAAAAAGAGGAGAUUUUAAAGCGGGAACAAGCUGCACAUUUGAAUGCUAUAUCAGAAUAUGAAAGACGAGAAGAAAGCACACGUAAAGCACUGGGUGUUGAGAAACAAUGCGUAGCUGACCUUGAAAAGGCACUACGUGAAAUUCGAUCUGAGAUCGCGGAGGUUAAAUUUAUGUCUCAGAAGAAGAUAACUGAUGCUCAAUCUCUUGAGGCUAAUCUGGAGGAGAAAUCCUUGGAGAUCGAGGGAAAGCUUCAUGCUGCAGAUGCGAGGCUUGCAGAGGCAAACCGUAAGAAGUCACAAGCUGACAGGGAUUUAGAGGAGGUAGAAGCUCGUCAACGUAGGUUGGAGAAGGAGAAGAUAUAUUUCGAGACCGAGAGGAAGGCCCGAGAGAAGCAACUCAGGGAGCAGGAGGAGUCUCUGCAGGACUGGGAGAAAAAGCUGAAGGAAAGUCAGAACAGACUCGUUGAUUUGCAGAGAUCUGUAAAUGAGCGAGAGGAGAGAGCAAACGAAAAUGACAAACUUUGUAAAAUGAAGCAGGAAGAACUUGAUGCGGCAAAAAAGACAGUGGAGUCCGCUAAACUUACGUUGAAAACAAAAGAUGAUGAUAUUACAAAAAGGCUGAUUGAAUUAGGCUCAAAAGAAAAGGACGCUGAAUCAAAGCGCAAGCUCUUGGAAGAAAGGGAGAGAAUGUUAUCUGAGAGGGAAGAGAGAGUUAGUGCAAGAGAAAAAGUGGGGCUUCAGAAGCUUCUUGAGGAUCAAAAGGUGAAGCUUGAAUCCAAAAGACGAGAUUUUGAAUUAGAAUUAGAGAGUGAGAGGACAUCCUUUGCUGAAAAGAUGAAACAGAGAGAAGUUGAUUUGGUAAAGAGGGAAAAAGAUCUCAGGUCCUGGGAGGAUAAAAUUUCUAAAAGUGAGCAGGCAUUAAACGAAAGCAAGAAGACACUGGAAGAAUUGCAGAAUGACCUUAGUACCAAAUCGAAAGCUCUGAAGAAUUGGGAGGAGUCGCUGAAAAAAGAAGAGAAGAAACUAUUGGAACAAAAGCUGCAAAUGGAUAACGAGCGAAAACAGGCUGAGAUGUAUAAAUCAGAUAUUGAAAAGAUGAAAGCUACAAUAGAAGCUGAAAAGGAGAAAAUAUUAGAAGAGCAAAAUAAUUUGAAAGUUACAGAGGACGAGAGGCAAGAGCAUAACUUGCUGUCAGCACAACUGAAGAAGGAGAUCGACGAAUAUAGAAUGCGAAGCAACUCUCUCUCUGAGGAAACUGAAGAUUUGAGGAAGCAGCGGCAGAAAUUUGAAGAAGAGUGGGAGCAGCUUGAUGAAAAAAGAGCCCGCCUAGAAGAGGAGGCAAAGAUGCUCAAUAACGAAAGGGUAAAUCUAGAAAGGUGGCGUGACAAUGAAGAUAAGAGAUUGAAGGAUAUACAGGAUGAAAUGGAUGCAAAAUACAAGGAGCAGCAUGACAAACUUGCACUCAAGGAAAAAGCUUUGGUGGAUGAUAUCAAACACCAGCGUGAUGAAAUUGAUGAAUUUCUGAAGAGAGAACGUGCUGAUCUUCAGCGUAAUUUGCAGCUCCAUCGGCAUGAACUGGAUAUGGAGAUGGAGAAUAGAUUAGCAGAUAGAGAGAGGGAACUGGAAGAGAAGGGAAACGAGUUACGCAACAAAAUGGAUUUUGUAGAAAAUAAAAUCAAUCAUGCUGUCACUUUGAAUGAAUCCAAGAUUCAGAAAAUAGUAUUGGAGAAACAACAGCUGCAGAGGGAAAGAGAAAUCCUAGCAGAAGAGAAGCAAAAAUUGGAAACUGACAAAGCAGAUAUUAGAAGAGAUAUUGAUAGUCUUAAUGUGCUUAGCAAGAGUUUGAAAGACCGGCGUGAAGCAUACAACAGGGACAGGAAUAACCUCAUUGAUAUGUUUGAGAAGUACAAGGUGUGCAAAAGCUGUGGGAAUUCUCUUUCUGAGGGCUUUGAUGAUCUCUCUUUUAAGGACAAUGCUAAUUUUGAUUAUCCAAGUUUGGCUGCCGAGGAAGAUGACUGUUCCCCAAAUACUGAUACCUUAGCUCAAGACGCAGGAACGCUUGUUAAUUCAGCUGGCCGUUUCUCAUUGUUGCAGAAGUGUUCAAGGCUUUUCAAGUUUUCCCCUAGGAAAAAAGCUGAGCAGUCAUCAGAACAGGAAGUGGAGAAAAAUAUUCCUUUUGGUGCAAGAUUAGAGGAAGCAUCACCGAGUGAUGAGGAUUUUGAGCCAACUCCUGUCUAUCAGGUAGCAAAUAAUUCUUUUGGUGCUGAGAAUCUCCAUUCUGACAGUGGAGCAAGGGGGGAUGAAGAAUCUGAAAGACUUGACUUAGCAGAUGGGGCUGCAGAUGAUGUCCAGAUGGAGUCUUCUGUUGGAGUUGCGGAUAAUUGUAUAGAUAAUCAUGGAACUCAGUCAUUUGAUGUCACUAAUGACAUGGGAGUUGACACAACCAUUGCUUCUGUAGACCAAAAUGGAAAGGACUCUAUAGCUCCCCCUGAAGUAGAUUUGCUUCCUGAAACAUCAAAGCAAGGACGGCGCCAACCAAACCGGAAGGGCAGAGCAAAGGGCGUGAGGAGGACAAAUUCUGUUCGUGCUGUUGUUGAAGAUGCGAAAGUAAUACUUGGUGAGAAUUUUGAUGAAAAGAAUGAUGGUCAGGAAGAUUCAGCUACAGUUGGUGGUACGAGAAAGAGGCGAUUUGCUGGAGCUGCAAUCAGUGAACAAGAUGAAGAAGGCAGUGAAGCACAGUCUGAAAGUGUUUCGCUUGGUGGGCAUCGUCGCAAGAGGCGGGCUGGCCCAUCAACACAAGCCCCAGUAGAAAAGCGCUACAAUUUGAGGCGCGCUACAGUUGCAACUGUGGCGCCAACAAUUCCAACGGACAAAAAGAAAGCCCCGAAGACAAGAAGAAAACAGACUGUGGAAGCUACUGCUGAUGACACAGAAGGCACCUCCAAAGCUGAGGAACCUACCACAGUGAGCAAGGGGGCUUCUGAAUCAGCUGAUGGUGCAUCCCAAUUGCAAGAGUUCUCCCAGGCUGAAGCAGGUGAUGCCCAUACUCCUGCAGAGGAGGGCACUGGCGAGGAGUAUGGUGAUGUUGUGGACGGUAAAGAUGCAUUGCCAGUUGCGAUGCCUAUGACACCAUCAGGAAGUGAACUUGGGCCUGAAGAUGACGAUGAGGACGAAGAUGACUCGGAGAGGGGGAACAGAUCCAUUGGGAAAUCGCUGUGGUCUUUCUUUACCACAUGACCAUAAUCACAGAGGCUUCUGAAUAGGUUGUUUCUAGUGUUUCUGUUUUGAAUUCGUGAUAUGCAAUUCUUGGAACUCUAGGUUGUGCGUGCUUUUGGUGAGAUGAUGUAUUGGUAGAUUUUCCACUCAUUAUGUUCCCCCUCUUGUAAUUGAAAUAUAUUUGUAGUAGGCAGACAUAGUUUGAUGGCGCUCACAAAAUUAGCUGAUGCAUGUACUAUGGCAAUGAUGCCUGUAACAGUCAGAGUUGAGGUUUGUAAUUGUUGUUCCUUAUCCCGGGUCCA